AUGGCCAACACAACCCCCGCCGUUGUCAUGGACAACGGCACGGGGUUCUCCAAGCUAGGUUUCGCCGGCAAUGAUUCCCCCUCGUUCGUAUUCCCGACAGCCAUCGCGACCAAGAGCCCCUCGGCAGGCACCGGCGGCUCGGGCUCUGGCCGCCCCGCCGUAGCCAACAAGCCAUCCUUCCUCACCGGCGGCGCCGGUCCCGGUGGCCAUCUCUCAGCAAAGCGCGGAACCGAAGACCUCGACUUCUUCAUCGGCGACGAGGCCGUAGCGGCCGCUAAUGGGCCUGGCUACGGGUUGCACUAUCCCAUCAGACACGGACAGAUUGAGAACUGGGAUCACAUGGAAAGGUUCUGGUCCAACUCCAUCUUCAAGUAUCUGAGGGUAGAGCCUGAGGACCACCACUUCCUCCUCACUGAGCCGCCUCUCAACCCUCCCGAGAACCGUGAAAACACCGCCGAGAUCUUCUUCGAGUCCUUCAACUGCGCCGGUCUCUACAUUGCCGUCCAGGCCGUUCUGGCCCUUGCGGCUUCCUGGACAUCAUCCAAGGUCCAAGACAGAUCCCUGACCGGUACUGUCAUUGACUCUGGUGAUGGUGUGACACACGUUAUCCCGGUCGCCGAAGGCUACGUUAUCGGCUCGUCCAUCAAGUCGAUCCCUAUUGCCGGUCGCGACAUCACCUACUUUGUCCAGUCACUUCUCCGUGACCGCGGCGAGCCUGAUUCGUCCCUCAAGACGGCCCAAGAGAUCAAGGAAGAGUACUGCUACGUCUGCCCAGAUAUCGUCAAGGAGUUCGCCAAGUACGACCGCGAUCGCAGCCGAUUCCUUAAGCACACCAUUACCCAGCCCGGCGGCCGCCAAGUUACGGUUGAUGUUGGCUACGAGCGCUUCAUGGCCCCCGAGAUCUUCUUCAACCCCGAGAUUUACUCGUCCGACUUCCUUACUCCCCUGCCAGUGGUUGUCGAUGGUGUCAUUCAGUCUUCGCCCAUCGAUGUCCGCCGUGGUCUCUACAAGAACAUUGUUCUCUCGGGUGGCAGCACGCUCUACAAGGACUUUGGUCGCAGGCUACAGCGUGAUAUCAAGCAGCUUGUCGAUACGAGAAUCAAGGCCAGCGAGGUGCGCAGUGGUGGAGCCAAGAGCGGCGGUCUUGAUGUCCAGGUUAUUACCCACAAGAGGCAACGGCACGGCCCGUGGUUUGGUGGUAGCUUGCUUGGCCAGACGCCCGAGUUCCGGUCGUACUGUCACACCAAGGCGGAGUACCAAGAAUAUGGACCCAGCAUUGUGCGCCGGUUCGCUCUGCUCGGAGGACCUGGUGGAUCUUAA